AGGAUUACUCAAUGAGUUUUGACUUUGCGGAUGCACCUCCAGACGUUAAUACACGUAAGGAAAAAGAGAAGGACAACAAAAAGCUCAAGAAUAAGGAACCAAUCUGCAAAGUAAAUAAUCCAAAGCAAGUUAAAAAGGAGUGUAUACCUAUGAUUAUAGCUGGUGAUGUUGAAGUUUCUUUGAUAAAAGAAUAUUAG